AUGCGAGCUCUCAACUUUGCUCUCGCUUUUAUCCCGCUUUUCACGCCCGCCGCUCUGGGCGGCCGGCUUCCGGGCCCGUCUUACCCUGCGCCGCGAGACAUCAGCAGUGAUUCCAGCCUGGUAGCUUCUAGCUGGAAGAAUGUAACCACAACUCUGGACAAGACCCUGAGUGGUGGCGGAAUUGGUGAUGUGGCCUCUGCUUUGCUAAAGAACACUACCUUUUCCAUGGGUAUGUUUUCUCUGCAUGACGAGGAUGCGCAAUCUUUGCAGUAUCACCACACAGCUCUGUCCAACCUGAAUGGCACGUACGGCACCAAAAAGGUCGACUCCGACACCAUCUACCGCAUCGCCAGUAUCUCCAAGCUCAUCACCACCUAUGCGGGCAUGGUUGAACUCCAUGAGAAAGACUGGAACACGCCUCUUACGGAUAUCUAUCCCGCACUCAAGGAGUUCGUCAAGAAAACAGCUGUGGACUUCGAUGCCGUGCAAGACAUCGAGUGGGACAAGAUCGCAGUUGGUGACAUCGCGUCACACAUUGGUGGAAUCCCACGUCUGGGUCUUCCCAUCAGCUCGGACUUUCUGAUCCGAUCCCUGGUAGACCCAACUCUUCUGGAUACGUGGGGUCUGCCACCUCUGAAUGAGACCGAUAUCAUUGCCCAGUAUCCUUGUCUCCAGAGCCUUGGAUCAGAGUCUUUGAAAUGCAGCAUCGAAGAAUAUGUCCAGGGCAUCGCUUCCAACCUGCCCCGGUAUCAGCCCGCUGCCAGCCCUCUGUACUCCGACAGUGGAUUUUUCCUUCUCGGCGGCGCGUUGGCUAAUCUAACCGGAAUGUCAAUGGACGACUUGUACCGCAAGGGUAUCUUUGAGCCCCUCGGUCUGAAAAAUACUUUGUCUUCGCCUCCAUCGGACCCUAAGGACAUUGCCCGCACCGUCAUUGCCACGGAUCUGGCCUCUGAUCUUCGAGAUCUUCCUAUUACUACCCCAUCUGGUGGCAUCUACUCGACCAUCAAUGACUUGUCCAAGAUUGGAGCGAGUAUUCUGAACUCCACCCUUCUACCUGCCGAGAAAACGAGGCGUUGGAUGAAGCCAGUGUCUUUCACUGGAGAUUUGCACUAUGCUCUCGGCCGCCCAUGGGAGAUCUAUCGAUAUGAGCAUAAAGAGUCUGGCGUUGUCACAAACAUCUACACCAAGCUUGGCGAUUCAGGAAGUUACGCGGGCCUGCUUGUCCUGGUGCCGGACUUCGAUAUUGGCUUUACCAUCCUUGGCGCUAGCAAUGGACUUGUCCACACACAGGCAAUCCAAAUGGUUGCGGACCUCCUCACGAACUCGCUCAUGCCCGCUCUGAUGACCCAGGCUCGUCACGAAGCCCUCGUCAACCUGGCAGGAACCUACGCAGCGAAGGAUGCCGACCUAAACACCACCUUGACCAUCUCCGUUCCCUCGGCCUUCAAGUCGGCGCCUGGCCUUGUUAUCACCGAAUGGAUCAGCAACGGCACAGACAUCAAGAACCAGCUCGCUGCGGCCUUGAUCGAUCUUGUUCCUCAAAUUCCCGCACCAGCACCAAGCCCCAACCUGGUCAGGCUUGUGCCUACAAUCAGCGACAUUGUUGCCACGGGUCAGAUCGCAUUCCAAAUGGAAACGGUCAACCCUACAGGUCCAAUCGCAGGUCAUCUGUUCACCAAGAUGUACGGUGCCGGAGACUGGGUCAGUACCAUUGACCAGCUCGUGUAUCAUGAUAUUCCCAUUGACGAGUUCGUGUUCCACGUCGACAAGAAGACUGGGAAGGCACACACCGUGACACCGAGUGCUUAUAAUGUUGAGCUGAAGCGGAAGAGCUGA